GGCUGCCUCUCUUUGCCAAGGGCCGGAAGUGCACACAGGCGGUAGCAACAGCGAGCCCAGCGCGGAGAGCGAAAGAGGCGGGGAAGAAGAAGGAAAAGAAGACGGGGGUUUGGCUUCGGGCUUGCCUGCAACUUUCUCCGCGGGGAGGACGACGGAAAAUGGCUGCAGCAGCGGUGGCGGCUGGUGCUUUGGGAUGGAGGCGCGCUGAGUGCUGCUGAGUCUGUGUUCGAAUAUUCUUGGGCCAAAGAUUUUCAGGAGAGGGGAUUGGAAUUGUUAAUGGACAUCUGCUUCCACGGCAUGGCCCAGAUAUCUAGCAGCAAUGAAUUCACACAACGUACAUCACCAUCUUUGGGCACAACAAAGGCAAAAGAAGUGGACAAAGAAGAGGCAUUGCAGAUGGAAGCUGAGGCUCUGGCUAAGAUGCAAAAGGAAAGGGUGGUAGCUGGAAAUACACAAAGCACUGACCAUUUAAGCAACUCCUGGCCAAAUGUACAGUCCCGCAGAAAGCAGGACCAUGAUCUUAUAGUGUUUCCAGAGUCUGAUGCCAAGAAAAAGGUGGACGAUAAGUUAAAUUCAAUUGAUAUAGAGAAACUUACCCGUGCUGAGCUAGAGAAACUACUACUAGAAGAAAAUUUUGAAUCCAGCAAACCACCUACAUUGCCAGCAACUCCAGUUCUGAGACCAUCUUUCUCUUCACAGUUCUAUUCUAGCACUAUUGUUCAAAGAGGACAGUGGACACCUGGGUUGACUGGGCCUUCUGCUUGCACUGUACCUUCUAUUUACCCAGCACCCUCUUACAGUAAGCAAGUUGGUAUCUUUCAGAAUGGCUUCAAUCCAGGUAUGUCCACUUACCAGUCUACAAAACCUAUUUAUCUUAGUCUUCCAGAGAGGUCCCAGUACAUUUCAUAUGCACCGCCUGCUACUGCAACUUUCCAUCAACAAGGAAAUGUACCUAUAUAUCAUUCAACACUUACCCCUGAAAUGGCAAAAGUAUUUGAUAAGAUAGCAAGCACUUCAGAAUUUCAAAAAAAUGGGAGAUCAAGCACAGACUUAGAAGUGACUGGUGCUAAAUCUACAAUUAAUUUGCCAACCUCUGACAACUCCAAUGAUAUUAGUAAAUUUGAUUGGUUGGAUUUGGAUCCUUUAAGUAAGCCAAAAGUGGACAGUAUGGAUAUUUUGUAUACUGCAGAAGAAGGUGCAAAGGUGACUUGUAGUACAGUUGUAGAAGAUCCUUGGGAUGCUGUGCUGCUGGAGGAGAAACCCCCAGGAAAAUGCCAUCUUGAAAGAAAAGUUAGUGGGAAAUCUACUUCUGGGGCAACGGUUACAAGAAGUCAGUCUUUAAACAUUCGAACUGCUCAGCUUGCUAAGUUACAGGGCCAAACAUCACAGACAGACAGUGGGACCAGUAGCCUGCCAACAAGAAAUAAACUUCUAAAAAAUGUUGAAGGGCAAAAUCAAGAACAAUCAGCAUUUUGUGAUGCCAUUGCAAAGUUGAGGACCGCAUUUCACCAUAGCAGUCAUGUUACAAACUCAGGAUUUGUGUUGAGUCCAGUAAUGUUGCAACGAAACAUCAGCGGAGAGAACUCUAGCAUCAAAAUUUCAAUAGAAAUUGAAGGUUUUCAACAGCCAGUGACAUUUACAUGUGAUGCAAGUUCUCCAGUUGAGCUUAUAAUAAUGCAAGCGCUUUGCUGGGUGCAUGAUGACUUGAAUGAUGUAGACAUUGGCAGUUAUAUCUUGAAAGUUUGUGGAGAAGAAGAAGUUUUGCAGAAUAAGCACAGUGUUGGAAGCCAUGAAUACAUUCAGAACUGCCGAAAGUGGGACACAGAGAUUAAACUACAACUCUUGACUCGUAAUGUUAUAUGUAGAGAUUUAGCACGAACAGAAGAUGAUGAUGAGACGUCAAUAGAUUUGACCAAACAUCUCUGUCAUGUAGAAAAGCUUUUCAAAGAGAGCAUUCAAAGCCACACUCUUGAGGAGUUGUUAGAAGCUUAUCAUAAUCACGUUGACAAACUGCUUAAGACUGCGAAUCAGCUGAAAGCAGUAGAUCCAGUCAUUAAAGCUGUCAAAAAAAUUUGCUGUACAUUGGAUGGGGUAGAGACUCCUGCAAUUACAAUAUCUUUAAAGAAGCUAAGAAGAGCAGUUAACCUUCCAAGGAGUAAGAGUCCUGAGGUGCCUUUAACAUCUUCUGAUGAUACUUCCAAAAAUAUAGUUGGUUCAUUGCAACCUGAAAACCCUCUGCAAAUGAUCAUAGAUCAACUGACCUCAGCAGUUUAUGGUCUUCUUCAACUCCAUUCAAACUUAUGCAGCAGUCCAUUAAACACUCCAAACAGUAAGAGAAGCACUAAAGAAGCAUGGACUGCCACAGAGCAUCUUCAGUUCACAAUAUUUGCAGCUCAUAGAAUUCAAAGUGCCUGGGUCACAGCUUAUGAGAAAUACUACUUGGUUUGCUCUCUGACCCACAAUGGAAGAGAUCUAUUUAAACCUGUCCAGUCCAAGAAGGUUGGCACAUAUAAGAAUUUCUUCUUUUUGAUUAAAUGGGAUGAACUAAUAAUUUUUCCCAUUCAGAUCUCUCAGUUGCCAUUAGAAUCCAUCUUAUGCCUUACCCUCUUUGGAAUAUUGAAUCAAAAUGGUGGUUCACCUGAUUCAAAUAAACAGAGAAGAGGCCCAGAGAUGUUGGGUCAAGUUUCUUUACCUCUCUUUGAUUUUAGACGAAUGUUGACUUGUGGAACUAAACUUUUACACCUUUGGACGCCUUCCACAAACAUUGUUCCUGGAGUGUCCCAUAAAAAGGGGAAUCUAAUGGAAAGAAUAGUAUUGCAGGUUGACUUUCCUUCCUUACUAUUUGACAUUAUAUACAAAAUUCCUCAAGCUGCAAACAGUUCCACAUGUCAUUCCACAGAAACAUUGGAAAAAAAUUCAAGAGAGCGUCUUCUGUCUAUUCUUUCCAAAGACAGUACACUUGGACUAUCUAGGAAGGAUAAAGCAUUUUUGUGGGAGAAACGACAUUAUUGCCACAUAGAUGCAAAUAGUCUUCCAAAGGUGUUAGCCAGUGCACCAAGUUGGGAUUUAACAACUCUUCCUGAAAUAUAUUUGCUGCUUCAACAGUGGCCACCCUUACCUCCUCUGACUGCAUUAGAAUUACUGAACUCCAAUUUUGCAGAUCAGGAAGUAAGAACAAAAGCUGUGCAAUGGAUUGAGGCAAUAAGUGACGAUGAACUAGCUGACAUUCUUCCCCAGUUUGUGCAGGCGCUAAAAUAUGAAACCUAUCUGGACAACUCCCUAGUCAGAUUCCUUUUGGCCCGAGCAUUAGGAAAUAUUCGAAUUGCACACUAUUUAUAUUGGUUAUUAAAGGAUACCUUGCAUGACAUCAAACAUGGUGUAAGGUAUGAGCAUAUCCUUGGUGCCUUCCUUUCAGUCUGUGGCAAAAGACUGAGAGAAGAGCUGGAAAAGCAGACAAGACUGGUACAAAUCUUGGGAAUGGUUGCAGAAAAAGUAAAACAAACAAGUGGAUCUACCAGACAGAUUGUCCUGCAAAGUGGAAUGGAAUGUGUUCAGUCCUUUUUCUUAAAAAAUAAGUGUCGUUUGCCUCUCAGUCCUAGCCUUGUAGCUAAAGAACUUAAUAUCAAGGCAUGUUCCUACUUCAGUUCUAAUGCAGUACCUCUUAGAGUUGCUCUUGUGAAUGCAGAUCCCUUGGGAGAAGAAAUUAAUGUAAUGUUUAAGGUUGGAGAAGAUCUGCGGCAAGAUAUGUUGGCAUUGCAAAUGAUAAAAAUUAUGGAUAAGAUCUGGUUACAGGAAGGACUUGACCUGCGGAUGGUUAUCUUCAAGUGCCUUUCAACUGGCAAAGAUAGAGGAAUGGUGGAACUUGUUCCAGCUUCAGAUACACUUAGGAAAAUUCAAGUAGAGAAUGGAGUAACAGGGUCCUUUAAAGAUAAGCCCCUUGCAGAAUGGCUAAGAAAAUACAACCCUACAGAAGAAGAAUAUGAAAAGGCUUCUGAAAACUUCAUCUAUUCUUGUGCAGGGUGUUGCGUAGCCACCUAUGUCCUAGGUAUCUGUGACCGUCACAAUGACAACAUAAUGCUUCGAAGUACAGGGCAUAUGUUCCAUAUUGAUUUUGGAAAGUUUUUGGGCCAUGCACAGAUGUUUGGGAGCUUUAAGAGGGAUCGGGCUCCUUUCGUGCUGACAUCAGAUAUGGCCUAUGUAAUCAAUGGUGGUGAAAAACCUACUAUUCGGUUCCAGUUGUUUGUUGAUCUCUGCUGCCAGGCUUAUAACCUGAUAAGGAAACGAGCCAACCUUUUUCUUAAUCUUCUGUCACUGAUGCUCUCUUCUGGACUACCAGAACUUACUGGAGUUCAAGACUUGAAAUACGUCCAGGAUGCUCUUCAGCCCCAAACCACAGAUGCUGAAGCUACAAUUUUAUUUACAAGAUUAAUUGAGUCAAGUUUGGGAAGUGUUGCCACCAAGUUCAAUUUUUUCAUUCACAACCUUGCUCAGCUGCGAUUUUCAGGCCUGCCUUCCAACGAUGAGCCCAUCCUCUCCUUUUCUCCUAAAACUUACUCACUUAAACAAGAUGGCCGUAUCAAAGAAGUGUCUGUCUUUACAUACCAUAAGAGAUACAACCCAGAUAAAUAUUAUAUCUAUGUUGUCAGAGUUUUAAGAGAGGGGCAAAAUGAACCUACAUUUGUUUUUCGGACAUUUGAUGAAUUCCAGGAGUUCCACAACAAGCUUGGUAUCUUAUUUCCUCUUUGGAAAUUACCAGGCUUUCCUAAUAAGAUGGUUCUGGGAAGAACUCACGUAAAGGAUGUAGCAGCAAAGAGAAAAGUAGAGCUGAACAGCUACAUACAAAGUUUAAUGAAUGCAUCAACCGAUGUAUCAGAGUGUGACCUUGUGUAUACUUUCUUCCAUCCCUUACUCCGUGAUGAAAAGGCUGAAGGAAUUGAUGGAAUAGCUAAGUGUCCUGAUGUAAGCCCUUCAAGUCCUACCUCAGGCAAAGUAGGAGGAGAAGUUAAGUUGUCUAUCUCCUAUAGAAACAGCACUCUGUUUAUCAUGGUGAUGCACAUUAAAGAUCUGGUUACUGAUGAUGGUGCAGACCCAAAUCCGUAUGUGAAAACAUACCUGCUUCCAGACAUACAUAAAACAUCCAAACGGAAAACCAAAAUAUCACGAAAAACUAGAAAUCCAACGUUCAAUGAAAUGCUUGUGUACAGUGGAUAUAGCAAAGAGACACUAAAGCAAAGGGAACUUCAGCUAAGUGUACUCAGUGCUGAAUCACUACGUGAGAACUUCUUCCUGGGUGGUGUCAAUCUUUCCUUAAAGGAUUUUAACUUGAACAAGGAGACUGUCAACUGGUACCGGCUUGCUGCUGUACCAUAUUUGUGAACCUGAUACCCAGGUGAAAAGAAGAACAUAACUGAAUAAUCUCAACUCCACUUGUAUUUGAUUGCUACUUGAAGAUAACUCACACACUUUAGCAUAAGUCACUGCAAUUCAGCACAUUACGGUUGGACCAGCCUUCACAAUUUUUUAAAAGGACUUCUUUUGGCAAAUCAUCUCUGCUUUAUGCUUUUCUGUAAUAAUAUCUAAGCAUUAAUGUAAAUUAACUGUAUAAAUUUAAUAUGUGGAUAAUGUUCUAAACCUUGACUAGCUGUUCCAAUUUAAAUCUGAGGGGUGUUUUUCAUGGAUUCAUUUCAGUCACAUUUUAAGAAAAAAACCACAUUUGAAUUGCUUGCCCUUGAUUAUAUUGCAAGCUUGCUUUAUACUUCUGCUGUCCUGAGAUGCAGCAAUAUAUUUUUUAAAAAAUCAAGGUAAAAAAAGAUUGCCCAAACUGUCAAAAGAGAGAAUUGAACAGACAGCUGGGAAAACUCCUAAUCACAUUUCGCCCUAGGACUCAUUAAACCUCUUUGAGGUUAUUAACAGAAUGAGUGCCAAGAAGUUAUAAAUGGUGCCUUAUUUUAUCAUUCAGCUGCUUCUUAUACCUUAUUCCUGAUAUUUAAAAACAUUUAAUAGUGAUAAAGAGUUAACACACUUUUUUAUCCAGCCCUUUUAAAAAUAAUGUUCGUUCAUGUAGCUCUCUAUAUAAAUUAUUGAACAUUUCCCCCUUAAAUUUAUUGUGCUUUCUUAGGCCAAAUUCAAAUUGCACCAACAUUUUGAAUGCUGCUUUAGUUUAUUUUGACUUUUUAUGUGUGUCCUUAAAUUAUGUCUUGAUGAACUAAAAAUAUUAUAUGGAUGCAUAUUCAAGUAGUUUUAUGCCAUGGUUUGCUAUGAAGCACAUAUAUUUCCAGAAAGUAGAUAGGGAUUAUUUGGUAAAGAUUUGAGGUUCAAUUUUCAGGUCACAUGUAGAAAUCACUCAUCAGUCAAUAGACUCAUUAGUUCCAUAUGAUUGAAAUAUUUACUUUAAAUGGUAGAAGGCCAUAGUAUCAGUUGCUGAUUGAGAAUAAGUUGCACUAGAAAAGUUGGAUGGUGAAAUGUACACAGUGACAGCUUGAGCUAGAUUUAGAGAUGUAAUUUCCAUGAGAAUGAAGAAAAUAAUCCACUAAGCAUUCUAUUCAUUUCAAUGAAAAUUGGCUUGUCCUUACUGACACCAGCCCUUUUUGGGUUGUGCUCUGAAUCCACUGAUUCUAAUUUUGUACAUUUCUGUGAUACUUAGGAAUAGCUGAAUGUAAAUGCAAUUUACUAACUCCUAUUUUUUUUAAAAAAAUAGCUAAUGUACGAAGAGUGUUAAAAUUGCACAAUAUGUUUAAUGCUGAAGCCCAAAUACUUUUGAAUAAUGAUGACAGAGAUGCAGUCCCUCAACUAUCCAUGACAAUGAGUUAAAGCAAAAUAAUGUAAUGCAAUGUUAAAUGAGAUUAUGGUAGAUAAUGACAAUCUUUAUUGCUGGGAAAUGAAACUAAAAUGUAAUUUAAUUUAUUUUCCCUAAAGUAUACUGAAGACCCUACUUUCAAACCCAGUAUAACAAAGUGCAAGAGGAAAAUGGACACACAUGUUUGGUGCCUAAAACGUCCAUGGUCCGAUUGUACAAUAAAACCUUGGAAUAUUUCUCAGUGUUAUACUCAUUGUGUCUAACAGAAGCUACUUAAUAUUAAAAGAAAAAACACCCUGGUUUUAUUAGCUAUAAUAUGUUCAGUAUGUAAGUAAUAACCUAUAUAGUAAAUAGAGUAAACUAACUAGAUUGUAUUUCCUGCUCACUUGAGGCUUUUUAAGAUGCAUUCCAUUUCAUCAGCUGAAUCAUAAAUCAUUUACACACAGGAAAGCUGAGUACUGUUUUUGUGAAAAGUUUCAUUAAAGUAACUGAAAGCAAUAUGUACUGCUUUUUUGCAGUCUCUUACUGGAGCACACAAUGUUACAGCACAAAACUAGAGAUUUAAAAGAUACUUUCAAUAAUAGUGGUUUGCAACUGCAUGUUUUGGAUGGUUGUUUAGAAUAUGCGCUGUACCUAGCUCAUGCCUGUGCCUUUACCCACUUUCACCUCUUUUCAAAGUAAAAUACACGUUAAGAAUCUUCAGGUAGAUUCUUAAAAAAACAAAAACAAGGAAAUAAAAAUAGCAGAAAAGCAGCAUUAAUUUUGCAUCUCUUUUGACUUAUUUAUAGCAAAGCGAUAUACAACACAUAACUAUACACGUUUGAAAAAAAUCUGUGUAUUAAAGCUGACAUACACAAAAGGGGAAGGAGGGAAUAAUUGGGAUAAAAUUAAACACUUCACUAAUGUUUUUAAAGUGUGGUCUCAUGGCAUUUUUAUACUUUGUUAAUGAAAUAAAAACUUAUGCAUUACAUAUGGACUGCAGCUAAAAUACAUUUGUGUCUAUGUACAUUUAGUUUGACAUUUUGAGGAAAACAUCUUGAUGUAAGAAAAAUAACACAUUUUCUACUAAGUAACCUGGCUAUGACUUUGCACUGAAGUUUUUUAAUAUUAUUGCCUUUUUAUGAUCUACACAUAUAUAUGAAAGCAUGAGUGAUCUUUGAUAUUUCUCUAUUUUUAAAAUUUAAAUGGUGUAGAAAUCUUAGUAUCUUGCCUUAAACUGACUUCUCCUUCUAGGAUACUAUACAGUGCAGCUGUCAAACUGAAGAAAUUUUAUUUCUGGUAUUUACAGAAUAUGGCCACAGCCUAAUGCAGAGUUAUGUAUGCUUAAGUCCAUUGAUAUUGAUGGGCUUACAUAUGUCUUAUAUUGUAGCCAAUGGCAUGUUACAUCGAGGAAAAAUAUUCAGGCCAUACUGCAUUAUUCUCAUAAUUCAUAGGAAUUUAAUUUUCCUUCUAUGCUUUGUACUCUCAUACUGUGACUAAAAGAUGGCAAAGGUUUAUAGAUAAUGAAAUGCAUUGGGAGCAAAUGUAGACGUUUGCCUUUAAUUGUCUAUUUAUCUGUAAGAACCAAAUACUUCAGUUAUAUUACACUGAUAGCUAAUAAGGUUGUACAGUAUUUCUAUCAAUAUCCUAACCCAUAAUAUAUGGGUUAAAUGUGACUCCAUAACUGUCGUACAAUUACAUUAAACACUAUU